ACAGUCAAAAAAAAAAAGAGGAACAAACUGGGGAUAAUAAUCAUCUCCUGUCCACUUUCAAUUUUCCCGCCCAACUUAGCACUCUCCUUUUUUCCCCUCGCAAAUCCGAUCAGCUGCCUGAGCAACCCGGCGGUGCUUCUUCUUUUUUGGCCUUCGUUUGUAUUGCUCAGCGCUCCUUUUUACCUGCAAUUCAACGAAAAAGCGAAAAUUUGAUGCCAACGACGCCCUCGUGACGCGCGCAGAGAUCUACGAUUCCUGUUUCUAUCCCUCGGUCGCAUCUUUUUGCCUCGGACACGCCCGCCGCCAUCGAAAUCGAAUCGACAAAACACCACGAAAGCCAGCUUGUUUCAAAGAUGACGCGAGAGAAACAGCCCACGCCCGAACCCUUCCCCCUCCUCAACACGGCCGACCAGCUCGCCCCCGAGAACAACGAGCCCCGGCGCCGCCGCAAGUCAUCCGGCCUAGGAGGCGAGAUCCGCGCCGGCGACACGGGCGUGCCCUCGCUCGCCUCCUCACGACACAGUCUCUCCGCCACCGACCGCCCAUCCCUAAACGGCGUGGCCAAUGGCAAGAAUCACACCAAGGCGGGCAAGCGCCGCCGCGCGCGGGGCCUGCUGUCGCGCGCAAAGCACAUCAUUGUCAAGCACACGUGGGUGCUGCCCGCCGUGAUGCUCGUCGUGAUGUUGACGGCGUAUGCCAUCAACCCGUCCGAGUCCAACAUCAUGCACCGCUUUAUUUUCCUGUCGUAUCCGCUGCCGCAGGACGACCCGGCGCUGCCUAUGCACUAUGGCAAGGGCCGCUGGGACGUGGCGUUUGUGCUCUUCUACAUUGUCGUCUUGUCGUUUACGCGCGAGUUCAUCAUGCAAGAGAUGCUGCUGCCGCUGGCCAAGAAGACAGGGCUGAGCAGGGCGAAACAGGCACGCUUCAUGGAGCAGGCGUACACGGCUAUUUACUUUGCCUUUCUCGGCCCCGCGGGCCUCUACGUCAUGAGCAAGACACCAGUGUGGUACUUCAACACCACGGGCAUGUAUGAGAACUUCCCGCACAAGACGCACGAGGCCGAAGUCAAGUUCUACUACCUCUUCCAGGCGGCCUACUGGGCCCAGCAGGCCAUUGUCCUGAUUCUGGGCCUCGAGAAGCCCCGCAAGGACUACUACGAGCUUGUCGGCCACCACAUUGUCUCGCUCGCGCUUAUUGGCCUCUCGUACCGCUUCCACUUCACAUACAUUGGUGUCGCCGUCUACAUCUCCCACGACAUCUCCGACUUCUUCCUCGCCACGUCCAAGGUCCUCAACUAUCUCGACCACUGGCUCAUCGGCCCGUACUUCUUCGUCUUCCUCUGCGUAUGGGUCUACCUCCGCCACUACAUCAACAUCCGCAUCCUCAUCUCGCUCUUCACCGAGUUCCGCACCGUCGGCCCCUUUGAGCUCGACUGGGCCGCCGAGCAGUACAAGUGCACGCUCUCGCAGUUCAUCACCGCCGGCUUGCUCAUGAGCUUGCAGGCCCUCAACCUCUUCUGGCUCUUCUACAUUGUCCGCAUUGCUGUCCGCUUCCUCAUUUCCCCCGAACAGGCCACCGAUGACCGCAGCGACGACGAAGAGGAAGAAGAGAUUGAGGUUCCCACCGUCGCCAUCAACGGCAAGGCUGAAAAGACCGAUUAACGCUGUUGAACUGUGCGCACUUCUGGAGUCUACAGGAGUUUUUCAUUCUCAUGCAAUUGGUUUGAUUGCCUUUUUUAAUUCUUCAAGAUUGGGGGGGGGGAGGUUACAAAAUGUCUUAUGCCUUGUAAUUUUUUUUCUACUUCUUUUUUUCCAAAAACUGUACCUUUAAAGGCGGUUGUCGGUUGGGGCACUGUCUUCUUGUUUUUUACUCCCAUCCGUCUCUUUUUUUCAGUUCAUUUUCACACAUGCAGGAGAAAGAAGGUUGGCUGGAUUGGCCCAGGAUUUUAUAGGGAGGGACAAACGACGGGACGAGGUGGGAAACGUCAUACACACUCGCUUAGCAUUACCAUGUAUUUUAGAAACUUACUCACACAUCAUCAUUCGUUAUAGCCACUGCGUUGGCAAACAUCUAUCAACAUAUUGAAAACACAC